GCAGCUGCCAUUAGUAAAUUGGGCACUUUUAGACAGACUUUAAAAAUGUUCAGCCAGAGACAAUCAUCCAUCUCCACUGUUCUCCAUUGAGCUUGUCAACUGUUCCAAUCCAACACAAAUAUAUGUAGCUGCCCAAUUAACAAAGUAUAGACUUAAGAAUUUCACAAAAGAAAAUUAUAGAUUCUCAUUAGCUGGAAUUUGAUUCAGCAUCAGUGUACGUGUCAGGGUUUCUGGGUCGUUGACCCAGUAUUUUCAGUUCAUGUUCACUGUUUAUCCUCUGUACGUUCCACUUCCUGUUUUGUGUUACGUUACUCUGUGUGCAUUAUGUUCUAGUUCUUAUUCCAUGCAUCGUUAGUUCAAUUGUGUUCAGCUGCUCACUCACCUGUCACCUGUCAGUCAUUGUUCAGCCAGUGUAUUUAAGUCCUCAGUUCUCUCCUGGUCGGCGUCGCAUCAUUGAUGUUGUCACUGCUGUCUAUGCCCCAUGUUUGCCUUCCAAGUUCAGAUCACUCAGCCGUUCAGCCAGUCAGCCAGUCAGUCAGCCAUCUCCUGUUUUCGUCAUUCGUCCCUCACAAUAAACACCCUGAAUCGUCACCGUAAGCCCAUCGUCGAAAACAUUACAGAGGCUAUCUAUUGUAGCAGAAAGACUAUCUGUGUGAUCAGCCAGCAUUACCUGCAAAGUGAGUGGUGCUCCAAAGAAAUCCAGAUGGCCAGCUUCCGUCUCUUCAAUGAGCACAAGGAUGUGAUGAUCAUGGUGUUUCUGGAGGACAUACCAGCCAAGCAGCUGUCUCCAUACUUCCAAAUUAGGAGUCUGGUGAAGAAGCGUAGCUACCUGAGUUGGCCACAGGCUGUUCAUCACACUGGAGUCUUCUGGCAGAAAAUACAACAAGCUCUCAAGAGAGAAGAAAACCCUGCUGAGCACAGGUGCCUCCUCACUGGCUACCAGAGAGUCAUCCAGUGAGAUUUACCCAGGUGGAAAAAUCAUAGAUUGUAUAUAUCAAUCAAUCAAGUCAAAAUGCAGUGAAAUUGGACCCCUUCCGACCAUAGAUACAUAGCACAAACAUCACAUUGGAAGACAGGUUGGAGAGAGGUAGAAUGGUAAGAACAACAAUGAAAAAUAACAUCAGGGACAAAAGGAGGACAAACAAACUCUACUCAAACUGAGCUACUAACUGGUAGAGCAGUUUGAGGACAGUAAAAAAACACCUCAGCGCAGAAAAGCACAUGAAUCUUCACAUCUUAUACCAUGUAAGAAGGAUGCGACAUGCAAUGGGGGGAAGCCAUCGCCAGCUUAUUGCAAACAAACUGCAUUCCAGUUUCACUUCAAUUUCAAUGGUUCUAGAAGGGAAAACAGCCCUGUGCUGCCUUGACCUGUGACCUCAGUGAACACUUUCUGGUCUGGUGGACUUUCCUGGAGUGAAUGUGCUAUUUACUUUUUCUUUUUCUUUUUUUGCCAUUAAAGUAUAAAUAAAACUUUUUUUCAUCAUUGAUAUGCUUGAAAGAAAUGCUAUGAUAAUAUGUGUUAUAACAUAGCAACAUGGUAAAGCUGUAAUAAAGGCAAAACAAUGUUUUUACA